CAGUCUACUCAUCAACUCUCACACUAUUCUUCAUUCCUCUCUUCUCACCUACGUCUCCAGUUCUUCAUUCUCUUUCUGACUUAAGAUCGAACAGAAGAUCUUCACAACCAUUGAGAUGGCAAUAGAAGCACUCAACUCUCCAACCACUGCAACCCCAUCUUUCCAAUUUGAGAAUUCCACCAGUCUUCACUAUCUCCGUGAGCCAUGGGCCAAGCGCAAGCGCUCCAAGCGUUCUCACCACCAACCCACCGAGGAAGAGUAUCUCGCUCUUUGCCUUGUUAUGCUUGCUCGUGGUACCACCGCCUCAACUUCUGCUUCCACCGUCUUUCACCGCCACUCCUCUCCUACUCCAUCUCCUCAGCUUCAGGCUUCCACGAAUUCAGAGGAGAAACUUACCUACAAGUGUAGUGUCUGCAACAAGGCCUUUUCUUCUUACCAAGCGUUAGGCGGUCACAAGGCAAGUCACCGGAAACUCGCAGGAAGUGAUGUCGACCAAUCAACUUCAACCACCACAACUAGCUCGGUCACCGGCUCUUUAUCUAACGGAAGCGGUAAGCUUCACGAGUGCUCCAUCUGCCAUAAGUCUUUCCCAACUGGACAAGCUUUGGGCGGACACAAGAGGUGUCACUACGAAGGAGGAGCAGGAGGGGCUGAAAAGAGAAUGGUAACUUCAACUUCUGAAGGUGUCGGGUCAACCAACUCACACAGCCUCAGCCAGAGCCACCGUGGCUUUGACCUUAACGUCCCAGCCUUACCUGAGUUCGCCGCUGAUUUCUUUAUCUCUGGUAACGAUGAGGCUAUCAGUCCACUGCCGGCGAAAAAGCCUCGUCUCUUGGUGCCACCUAAAAUCGAAGUCGCUCGAGAUCAAUAGGAAAAGAUCAGGACUUGCUCAGUUUUAUUUUUAGGAAGAACAUGAAUCUAGGCGAGAUUAAUUAAAUUUGUAGUUUUUUUCCUUACCCAAUUUAAAAUUUGUGUACAUAGGAGUUGAUUUGUCUGUUCUCUGUAUCAGUUGCUCAGUUGUAAGACUAGAUAUUCCAUUCAAUUUAAUUAAUUUUUUAAAAAUUGUAUUA